AGUCAGUGCAGUGCAGUGAGUGAGGGGCAGUCAGUGCAGUGAGUGAGGGGCAGUCUGGAAGGGGCUGCAGGUUGUGUCCUGCACAGCCGUUGUAGGAACAGCAGAGGUUUCACAGCCAAAUACCUGACAACAAAUGAGAGAGUGGACAGUUGCCCUGUGACACACACACAAACAUGUUGCUGACCCUGUUUGAGGCAGGGACAUCUCUGAUAGAAAAUGCAGUGGAGAAGGUUGUGGAGGGGAACUUGACGUCCACAGUUCUAGUUACUUCAGCUUUUAUCUUGAGUCUGGCGUAUUUCACCAAAAGGACAUUUAAACAGACUGAAAAUGAGAAGGAUGGGAAAUACCCACCUUAUAUUCAUUCCAACAUCCCGUUCCUUGGACAUGCAAUCAGUUUUGGAAAAAGUCCAAUAGAAUUUUUAGAAAAUGCAUACAAUAAGUAUGGCCCUGUGUUUAGCUUUACUAUGGUUGGGAGUACAUUUACAUACUUACUAGGCAGUGAUGCUGCAACUCUGCUCUUCAAUAGUAAAAAUGAAGAAUUGAACGCCGAGGAUGUCUACUCCAGACUUACUACACCCGUUUUUGGCAAGGGUGUUGCAUAUGAUGUUCCAAAUACAGUCUUUCUGGAGCAAAAGAAAAUGUUGAAAACUGGUCUGAACAUUGCCCAGUUUAAGCAGCAUGUCACUAUGAUUGAGGAAGAAACCCACGAUUAUUUUAAACGCUGGGGUGAGAGUGGAAUUAAAAAUCUGUUUGAGGCUGUAUCGGAGCUCAUCAUUUUAACCGCCAGUCGCUGUUUACAUGGCAAAGAGAUACGAAAUCUGCUCAAUGAAAAAGUAGCUCAGCUCUACGCUGACCUUGGGGGAUUUACCCAUGCUGCCUGGCUACUCCCUGGUUGGUUGCCUCUCCCCAGUUUCAGGCGUAGGGAUAAAGCACAUAGAGAAAUCAAGAAUAUCUUCUACAAAGUGAUCCAGAAGCGCAGGGAAUCUGGUGAGAGAGAUGAUGACAUGUUGCAGACUUUAUUGGACUCCACUUACAAGGACGGCUCUCCUUUGACUGAUGAUGAGAUUGCAGGCAUGCUCAUUGGGCUGCUGUUGGCUGGGCAACACACUUCCUCCACCACUAGUGCUUGGUUGGGCUUUUUCUUAGCUAAAGAUAAAGUGUUACAAGAUCGCUGUUAUGCAGAGCAGAAAGCUGUGUGUGGGGAGGACCUGGCAGCACUGCAGUACGAUCAGCUGAAGGACAUAAGCUUGUUGGAUCGCUGCCUCAAAGAAACUCUGAGACUCCGUCCUCCAAUUAUGACAAUGAUGAGAAUGGCCAGGACACCACAGACGGUGGCUGGCUACACCAUCCCCCCUGGGCAUCAGGUCUGCGUUUCUCCUACGGUCAACCAUACACUUCACGAUACAUGGAGCGAAAGGUUUGAUUUCAAUCCAGAUCGAUACCUCCAAGACAACCCAGCUGCUGUGCAGAAGUUUGCAUACGUGCCUUUUGGAGCAGGUCGUCAUCGCUGUAUUGGGGAGAACUUUGCCUAUGUGCAGAUCAAGACUAUCUGGUCCACUUUACUUCGGUUGUAUCAAUUUGAUCUUGUUGAUGGAUACUUUCCGACAGUGAAUUACACAACUAUGAUCCAUACUCCAAAUAAUCCGAUCAUCCAGUACAAGAAGCGAAUGUAAUGAGAUGGACAGGACACCAUCAAUCUGUCUCUGCUCUGCAACUUGCUUGUUUGACAUAUUGGCUUCAAAUUAGUUAGAAGCCUCUCAUAAUAGCAAAUCUGCAAUUAAAGCUAACUCAUUCCGUGAGUAUUUGUAAAUUAAUAGCUCCACUUUUAAUUUUUAUGAGUGGAGUAUUGCUGUGAAUUAGUAAUUUGAAGGUAAUUUUGUUUUUGUAGAUUUGGUGCACAAUGACUUAAUCGGUGGUAAAUUCAGCUCCUUCACAUCUGCUACCUAUUUGACAAACAAAGCAAUUGAUUCCUUGCAAUAGCAACUAUCCCUUUAUUUUAUUUGGCACCUUAAUAAAUUGGUCAAGAGUAUUGAGGGAUAUGGGGCAAAGGCAGAUAAAUUGGAGUUGAGGUACAGAUCAGCCAUGAUCUAAUAGAAUGUCAGAACAGGCUCAAGGGGCUGAAUGGCCUCCUCCUGUGUUUCUGUGAGCUAUAUGUAAGUAGCUGAGGUAACAAACUGCUUCACAUUUGGGAUAGUUUCUCACAGCUUGAUAUUUGUAUACCAUCUUUUUAAUCAGCAGUACAUUGUGCCAGCUGUCAAACCCCAAUCUGAUCUACUUUGGGAGUUGAUUUUUCAUUGGUCAGUGUGAUAUACUCCUGGUUACCUGGAAAAAUUCUGCCUCAGUGGAAUCCAGUUAAGUAAAGACCCAUUUGUUUUGUGUUUUGUUUGUAUUUCAGAAAUAUUAACUUGCUGUGAACACCAUUGGAACUGUUGUCCUACUGUAAUCUGCAAACAUUAUUCCAUUUCUGUAUUCAUUAACAUUUACAUGAACCCUGUUUCACAUUUAUUGCUGCAUAGUUUUCUAUUUUUCACUGUUGAAUGGCCUUUUCUCCUUCCAUGGUGUAUGUGAAGUAACUGGUUUUACAAUACAAAAUUACAUUUGUAUAGCGACCUUCACGUCCCAAGGCGCUGAGUUUAAAUUACAAAAUGACUGAUAAAGCUGCCCAUUUGUUUUUAAACAA